AUGUCGUCCGUCCGUGUCGUGUCGUGUCGUGUCGUGUCUGUGGUCCAGCGCCCAGCGCAGUCGAGGUGCCCCGUUCCGUGCAACAAGCGAAGUGCAGCGCGGCCGGAGGCGGGUGGGCGUGUACAUGUACGAGGACUUGUACUACGAGAGGUUGUAAGCUGUUGUUUUUUUGUUUGCGUACGGCGGGCAAACGAGCGACGGGCGUGUUUGGUGGCCUUGUUUUUCCGUCUGGUUUCUUGUGCGGGAGACGGUGCAUGCGCAUUCUCGCAGAAUGUCGAUUGA